AUGGCGACGGGCAGUGCUGGGGCUGUGGUAGCAAUGGCGGCUUGGUUUACUUUGUCCGCAGCCGUAGUGACAGUGCUUCUCUUAUUGGCACUCCCUGGAGUCUCACAAGCCCAGACUUUUUCUUUGCCGUUCUGUCAGCCGGAAUCGUGCGACCACAACCAUUACUUCGAUAUCUCCGCGCUUUCUUGUGUCCCUUGUGGAGCCAACCAGAGGCGGGACGCCCGAGGAACUUCAUGUGUGUGUUUACCAGGAUUUCAGAUGAUCUCUAAUGAUGGAGGAUCUGCCAUUAUUUGUAAAAAGUGCCCAGAAAACAUGAAAGGUGUUACUGAAGAUGGCUGGAACUGUAUUUCUUGCCCUGGUGGUUUAACUGCGGAAGGAAAAUGCCACUGUCCCACUGGCCAUAUUUUAGUGGAAAGAGAUAUUAAUGGAACAUUGUUGUCUCAAGCGACCUGUAAACUCUGUGAUGGGAAUGCAGACUCUUUUACGAUAGCAAAUGCUUUAGGAAACAGGUGUAUUCGAUGUGAACCAACAUUUGUUAAUACCAGCAAGUCCUGUGCAUGUUCAGAACCUAACAUUUUAACAGGGGGAUUAUGUUUUAGCAGCACAGGGAAUUUUCCUCCACGUAUCAUUUCAGCUGCACGUUAUGGAGAACUUGGCAUGUCUUUCACUUCAGAAUGGUUUGCAAAGUAUUUGCAAUCAUCGGCAGCUGCUUGUUGGGUAUAUGCCAAUCUAACAUCUUGCCAAGCUCUGGGAAAUAUGUGUGUGAUGAACAUGAAUUCUUAUGACUCUGCCACUUUUGAUGCAUGUCGACUAUUUCAUUUUAUCUUCGAAAACACUGUUGGGUUAAGGACUGUUCAUUCUGUUUCAUUUUGGAGACAGAAUCUUCCAUGGCUGUUCUAUGGAGACCAGCUAGGAUUAGCACCUCAAGUACUCAGUACUACACCACUUCCUACAAAUUUCAGUUUUAAAGGGCAAAACCAGAAUACAAAACUGAAGUUUGUUGCUGCUGCUUAUGAUGUAAGAGGAAAUUUUAUCAAGUGGCAAACUUUAGAAGGAGGUGUUUUACAGCUUUGUCCAGACACAGAGACAAGACUAAAUGCUGCUUAUUCUUUUGGAACAACCUAUCGACAAAAUUGCGACAUUCGUAUUUCUAAGAUUCUAACUGACUUUCCCACGCCUAUAUUUUAUGAUGUAUACCUCGAAUAUACUGAUGAAAAUCAACACCAAUAUAUUUGGGCUGUGCCUGUGUUAAACCUGAAUCUUCAAUACAAUAAAUUAUUUGUGAACAAAGACAGUAGUUCUGGCAAAUGGCUCCUGACUCGGCGCAUUUUCUUAGUGGAUGCAGUAAGUGGACGAGAAAAUGACUUAGAAGGUCACCCAAGAGUAAUUCGAAUUGCUACCCAAAUAUCACUGAGCAUCCAUCUUGUACCCAACACAAAAAAUGGAAACAUCUACCCCCCCUUAAUUACCAUUGCCUACAAUGACAUUGAAAUCAAAGAUCCCAACCUCCAGUCCGUGAAGGUUUCUUUCUCAGUCAGCUAUGAGAUGAAUCAAGGAGAGGCACAUGUCCAGACAGAUAUUGCUUUGGGUGUGUUGGGUGGGCUAGCAGUUUUAUUGUCUCUUUUGAAGACAGCGGGAUGGAAGAGGCGGAUUGGAAGUCCCAUCAUUGAUUUACAGACAGUUAUGAAAUUCUUGAUAUACUAUGCUGGCGAUCUUGCCAAUGUUUUCGUUAUCAUCACAGCGGGAAUAGGUCUUUAUUGGCUUAUUUUCUUCAAAGCACAGAAGUCUGUCUCUGUUUUCUUACCAAUUCCAGUUCAGGAAGAACGUUUUAUUACUUACGUGGGAUGUGCUUUUGCUCUGAAGGCUCUACAAUUUUUGCAUAAGCUCAUAUCCCAGAUUACCAUAGACAUAUUCUUUAUAGACUGGGAACGACCUAAAGGAAAAGUUCUUAAAGCUGUUGAAGGUGAGGGUGGUAUACGGAGUGCUACUGUGCCUGUAAGCAUAUGGAGAACAUAUUUUAUAGCGAAUGAAUGGAAUGAAAUUCAGACUGUGAGAAAAAUUAAUCCACUUUUUCAAGUACUUACUGUCAUCUUCUUUUUGGAGGUUGUGGGAUUCAAGAACUUGGCGUUAAUGGACUCAUCCUCUAGUCUUUCCAGAAGCCCGUCUAGCUACAUAGCUCCGUACAGCCGCAUUUUGAGAUACGCAUUGUCUAUUGCCCUUUGGCUAGUCAUUGGCAUUAUACAGAUCAUGUUCUUUGCUGUUUUUUAUGAGAGAUUUAUAGAAGAUAAAAUUCGACAGUUCGUUGAUUUAUGCUGUAUGAGCAAUAUAUCCGUGUUUCUUUUAUCCCACAGAUGUUUUGGGUAUUAUAUCCAUGGUAGAUCAGUACAUGGGCAUGCAGAUACUAAUAUGGAAGAGAUGAAUAUGAAUCUUAAAAGAGAAGCGGAAAAUUUGUGUAGUCAGAGAGGCUUGGUACCCAAUACAGAUGAUCAGACUUUUCAGAUUGCAAUUUCCAGCCAAAUGAGACAACACUAUGACAGAAUUCAUGACACACUAACAAGGAAAAAUGGCCCUGCUAGACUAUUGAGUUCAUCAGCAAGUUCUUUUGAACAGAGUAUAAAAGCCUAUCAUACUAUGAAUAAAUUUCUUGGUUCCUUCAUCGAUCAUGUUCAUAAGGAAAUGGACUACUUUAUAAAAGACAAGUUGCUUCUUGAAAGAAUCCUUGGGAUAGAAUUCAUGGAACCCAUGGAAAAAAGCAUCUUCUACAAUGAUGAAGGUUAUUCUUUCAGCAAUGUUCUGUAUUAUGGAAAUGAAGCCACCCUUCUUAUCUUUGAUCUACUCUUCUUUUGUGUUGUGGAUUUGGCUUGCCAAAAUUUUAUUUUAGCAGCCUUCCUUACAUACUUACAACAAGAGAUUUUUAGAUUUAUUCGUAAUACAGUAGGACAGAGGAAUUUGGCAUCCAAAACAUUGGUGGAUCAAAGAUUCCUGAUAUAA